GCGCGUCCCGGCCGAGCGCUGUUUGCGAAUGACGUCAGUGCCGGAGCGAAAGAUGGCCGCGUUCGGUGGGUAAGCGCUCGAGCGACACCGGAACCGAGCGAGCAGCCGCCACACGGAGAGCCCGAGACUCUGAGAGGCGCGAGACGCGAGGAUGGACCCCGCCGAGUUCAUGGACAGCGUGGACCAGAGCCUGACGGAACUGGGCGAUGAGUUCACCCUGGGAGACAUCGACGAGAUGCUGCAGUUCGUCAGUAAUCAGGUGGAUUUCCCUGAUCUCUUUGAGGAUCAGAUGGGGGGUGGAGCUGUGGCCCCCGCGAGGCCCCUCCAACAGACGGCCCCCAGCACCAUACUGACACCCCCCCACACGCCCAUACAGACCAGCAGCCAGACGCAGACACGCACACCGCCGCUGCUGCAGCCGCGACCACAGCCCAUCACACAGGUGCAGACGCAGACGUUCCCCAUGCAGACGCUGGCAGUGCAGACACAGGCGCAGCCGCAGACGGUGAUGAUCACACCAACCGGCACGCAGACACACCGAUUCAUCCACAACCAGGUGAUCUGCCAGCAGAACCCCGGCGCCGGCUUUCAGGCCGUGUCCUUCUCAGUCCUCCAGCCGCAGAUGCAGAGCAUCAUGACGUCUCCGCAGGUCCAGCCCAUGACCUUCCAGCACCAGCGGCUGCUGACUCCGUCCGGUCAGACCUUCCAGACGCUGUCCACCACGCCGGUCCACACCGUAUCCCAGCAGGUGCUGCUGCACCAGCCACAGAUCCUGAAGACGGACUCUCUGGUUCUGACCACGCUCAAACCGGACGGGACGCAGGUGCUGUCGACCGUCCAUAACCCGCCGGGCAUCACCACGCUCACGGCACCCCUCCAGACCACCUCGCUGCAGGUCCCUACGCUGAUGAGCAGCAACAUUCUGACCACCGUUCCCAUGGUGAUGGGAGGCGGAGACAAGCUGCCAAUCAAGCAGCUCUCCUCAGGCACCGCCCACACAGGAGGCGGGGCCAGGGUGAGCAUGGAGCAGGGCGUUACCGUGGGAACAGGAGGAGUUGUGAAGGAGGGCGAGAGACGGACGACACACAACAUCAUCGAGAAACGCUACCGAUCGUCCAUCAACGACAAGAUCCUGGAGCUGCGCGACCUCGUGAUGGGCAGCGACGCCAAGAUGCAUAAGUCUGGCGUUCUGCGUAAAGCCAUCGACUACAUCAAAUACCUGCAGCAGGUGAACCACAAGCUCCGGCAGGAGAACCUGGCGCUCAAGAUGGCCAAUCACAAGAGCAAGGCGGUGUGUCUCUCUGAUGAGGUGGAUCUGAAGCCAGAGGUGGCCUUUAUUUCUCCUCCUCCGUCAGAUUCAGGCUGCAGCUCUCCUCCUCAGCUCUCGCCCUUCUGCAUCGACUCGGAGCCGGGCAGCCCUCUGCUGGAGCACGAGCCGGUGAAGAGCGAGCCGGACUCGCCGGCGUCAGUGGGAGUGAUGGACCGCUCGCGUCUGCUGCUCUGCACGCUCACCUUCCUCUGUCUGUCGCUCAACCCGCUGCCGUCUCUGCUGGGGUCCGAGGAGAGCGCCGGGCUGACCGCCGCACACGGACCCACGCGCUCGCUCUUCUCUCUGCCCGCGCAGAGCUUCGGGGCGUGGCUGUGGUGCGUGUUGCCGUGGCUCCUGGUGUGGGUCCUGAGCGGGGUGGGCGUGGUCUGGGGGUGUGUCCGUGUGCUGUACCUGUGGGAGCCGGUCACGCCCCUUCACUCGCCCACCUCAGUGCGCUUCUGGAGACACAGGAAACAGGCCGACCUGCAGCUGUACCGGGGUGAUUACGCGGAGGCCGCGGUCAGUCUGCACACCUGUCUGUCCGUCUUGUCCAGAGUGCUGCCCUCCUCCACCCUCGACAUCAUCUGCUCGCUCUCCUGGAACCUGAUUCGCUACUGCCUGCGGAAACCCGCCCCCCUGGGCUGGCUGGUGCGUCUGGUUGGAGGAAGACAUGAGGGGGAGGAGUCACAGACCAGCUCACGAGACGCAGCUCUGGUGUAUCACCAACUCAGCCAGCUGCAGCUCACAGGUAAGCUGGAUCAGCGGUCGCUCUGGGGUGUGUGUGUGUCUCUGAGUGCUGUGAAUCUGAGUGAGAGUGCGGAGGGGAAGAUGCCGGUCACUCAGCGGAUCCAGAUCUUUGUGACGGCAGCCAUCAGUCUGAGAGCAGCGCUGGGGAAACACCUGACCUGUCUGCCGGGUCACCUGCUGAGCUGCGCCGAGGCUCUGGCCGGUCAGUCAGACUCCAAGCCCCUCCCAGACUGCCUGCGCUGGAUCUUCACGCCGCUGGGCCGCCAGUUCUUCCUGAGCUGUGAUUGGUCAGUGAGGGCGGAGAGCAGCGAGCAGAUCUUCACGUCUCAGAGAGAUGAAGCGGAUCCCAUCGCGCAGCUGCACCGCUGCUUCUGUGAGAAGCUCCUGGAGAGAGCCGUGCACACACUGAUCGAGCCGCAGAGCAGCAAACACGCAGAGGACGCUGGGGAGUUCACGGGUGUUCUGGAGUUUCUGCAGCUGCUCAACAGCUGUACUGAAGACUCCGCCCCCUCCACCGCCCCUUUCCCUGCGCUGGCCAAUCAGAGCUCAACACCAGUCAGGGACCCCGUGUGCCGCUGGUGGGCGUCGGUGCUGAAGGCCGCGGUUCAUUGGCUGCAGGGUGAUGAUGCGUCGGUGAGGUCACUGCUGGCGGAGGCGGAGCGGAUGCCCAGAGCGCUGCACACACUGGAUCACCCGCUGCCGAAGGCCGUGCUGGCGCUGUGUAAGGCUGUGCAGAUGAGUGUGAGUCCGCAGAAGGGCGAGGGGGUGGUCAGCUGUCUCGGUCACUGCCAGCGCUCCAGCGCUCACCUGCACAUCAGUGUGUGUCAGUCACACAACACCUGGCUGCACAAGGGGGUGGAGCUUCUGGUGUGUGACCUCCUCCUGACUCUGAGGACCAGCCUAUGGCAGCGCGGAGGCGGGUCUAACGGGGAGCCAGGCCCCGCCCCCGGAUCCCAAUUAGCUGGAUUUCAGAGGGACUUGAGCUCUCUGCGUAAGCUCGGCCAGGCCCACAGACAGGCCCAACACAAGCUCUUCCUGCAUGAGACAACGGUCCGACUGAUGGCAGGAGCCAGUCCCACACGCACACACCAGCUGCUGCGACACCGAACACACAACUACAGCACGACCGACGGUGACGGUGCACUGGGCGAGCGUGAGAGGGCUCAUGCUAUCCUGCUAGCGUGUCGUCACCUGCCUCUGCCUCUGCUGACGCCGCCGGGUCACCGCGCUCGACUGCUGGCCGAGGCCAAACGCACGCUGGAGCGAGUGGGAGACCGCAGAUCCCUGCAGGACUGCCAGCAGAUACUGCUGCGGCUCGGAGGAGGAACCACCAUCGCUGCCACAUAACACACACACACACACACACAUAUAACACACACACACACACACACCACACACACACUCAUAUACACACAUAUACACACACACACACUGAACCUUCUUCAGCUGUAUGUUAGUCAUGAUCACGUUAAUAUUAGAUGUAUAUUAGUUUAAUCCUCAACACACACACACAGAGACACACACACAGGUUCAUUCAAAUCUACUGCAACAGCUAGUAAAUAAACGGCUCAUGUCUGCAGCUACCUCACACACACACACACUCACACACACACACACACACACACACACUCUCUCACACACACACAUAUGUAUGUUGUACAGAACUGUGUCUUAUAGACCAAAGUCUUUUAGCACUAGUGAGAUACACGAGGGUUAUUAUAUAAUUAUUAUUUCAUAUGACGACCUUAACACUUCAUCAUGUGUAAUUUCUUCAGAUUUAGUUUCUGAUGUGUUUGUUUUAUUUGCUUUGGUAGUAUUUUGUGUUUAUUCUUUUAUAUUUGAAUAGAUGACAGCGGGACUUUUAUUAUGACAACGCGUGAUGAUGAUGAUGAUGAUGUAAUGUCUCUCACACACACAUCAGAAAUGAGCUGUUAAUGCAGAAAAAAAUAUGCGUGUGUAUUAUUUGGUGUUUAUAAUAAUUUAAUCUAAAGCUUCUGGUUGUGUUUUAAUAUCUAACUGUAAUAACUCUCUGCAGCUCCGUCACAUGCACUCUUUCUGCUCUCACUCUUUCCUUCAUGUGUUUGUCUGAAUCUCUACAUCUUGUGAAUUUUUUUUUUUUAUUUAUUUUAAUUUUUUUUAUAAAAUUGCAGAUGCCGUUGAAGAACCA